AUGUCGAAUAGCUCUGCGGAAAUUCGGGUCGAUACUACAAUUCCAACUGAACUAAAAAUACAAUAUAACAAGCCUGAUAUAUUCCUGUAUGACAAGAAGGAAAAUUUGAUAUGGAUCAUUGAAGUGGGUGUUACCUCGAUAGAUAAUUUGAAAUCGGUGGAAGUGGAAAAAAUGCAUAAAUACGACAUUCUAGCCAGUGAAUUACAAUUAAUUCACAAGGCUAAGGUAAAGAUUGUACCGAUUGUCCUCACGUGGGAUGGGAUAGUCUCUACAUUCUUCAGAAAAUAUAUGGACCUUCUUAAAAUCAAAGAAAGUGUGCAAGCAUACAUCCAGACUGUUGGUUUGAAAAAAACAAUGGAAAGCAUGAUAGUAGAACACAAAUUUGGCUUCGAAAAUAUGUCUACCUCAGGUAACUCAUUUGACGAAGGACGGAAAUCGGUGAAGAGACGGCGAGAUUCUGUAGUUUCCGCCGAUGAAGGAAACAACUCCGAAGUGGGAACAGAUAGCGGGAAGAGGAUUCCGAGAGUAAACUUGGCGGAGCAAACUAAUAUGGAAAAGGAAAGUUAA